AUGUUCGGAAGAACAGAGCCCCGCCUCGCAGUUCGCACCCCACAGCCGCGCUUCCUCACUACUCCAGUCUAGUCCUCCAGGGACACAAGUCACCCAAGAUUGACGCAGUACCGGGAUCCAGGAGCCAGAUUCCCACCUGAAAACACAUCCAAAAUCAAAUCCGGCCCUGUCCAUCCACGGCAGCGGCAGCCCGCCAUUAUUGUGCGCUCUAGAAAACAAGACUAUCGCGUCCGUCCGUCGCCUGCGCGCAACCUGCCAGCCUCCUACUAUAUUAUAUACCGGCCUGGAGCCCCCAUCAUCAAGCCAUCCAUCGCUCCCUCACCUCCAUUCAGUCCAAGGUCAGGACGAUGGGGAAGAAGAAGAGCACGGCGGCGCUGGCCCUCCUCGUCCUCGCCGCCUCCGCGCUGUCGUCGCUGACCCCGGCGUGCCUCGCCGUCACGUCGCCGUACGUGCGCCCGAGCCCCAGGGCGACGCUCUCAUUGGCCCGGGACGCCGACGCCGGCGGCCUGACGCCGCAGCAGGUGCAUGUGUCGGCUGUAGGCCCUGACAAGAUGAGGGUUACAUGGAUUACCGACGACGACGCACCGGCGACGGUGGAGUACGGCACGGCUUCAGGCCAGUACCCCUUCUCGGCCACCGGAACCACCACCAGUUACUCCUACCUCAUGUACCACUCGGGGAACAUCCACGACGCCGUCGUCGGCCCACUGAAACCCAGCACCACCUACUACUACCGCUACAGUUCCGACCCGUCGCGGGAGUUCUCCUUCCGAACGCCCCCGUCAGGCCUCCCCUUCACCUUCGCCAUCGCCGGCGACCUGGGCCAGACGGAGUGGACCAACUCCACGCUGCAGCACAUCGCGGCCGCCGACUAUGACAUGCUGCUCCUCCCCGGCGACCUGUCGUACGCCGACUUGGACCAGACGCGCUGGGACUCGUACGGCCGCCUCGUGGAGCCCCUGGCGAGCGCGCGGCCCUGGAUGGUGACCGAGGGCAACCACGAGGUGGAGAAGAUCCCCCUCCUCGAGCGCCACCCCUUCAAGUCGUACAACGCGCGGUGGCGCAUGCCGUACGACGCCGGCGCCUCGCCGUCGGGGUCCAACCUCUACUACUCCUUGGACGUGGCCGGCGGCGCCGUGCACGUCAUCAUGCUGGGCUCGUACACGGACUACGACGCCGGCACGGCGCAGCACAGGUGGCUGCAGGGCGACCUCGCCGGGGUCGACCGCGGGAAGACGCCGUUCGUGGUGGCGCUGGUGCACGCGCCGUGGUACAACAGCAACAAGGCGCACCAGGGGGAGGGCGACGGCAUGCGGGACGCCAUGGAGGCGCUGCUCUACGGCGCCCGCGUGGACGCGGUGUUCGCCGGGCACGUGCACGCGUACGAGAGGUUCGCGCGCGUGUACGGCGACAAGGAGGACCAGUGCGGGCCGGUGUACGUGACCAUCGGAGACGGCGGGAACCGGGAAGGGCUGGCGGAGAAGUACAUCGAACCGCAGCCCAAGACGUCGGUGUUUCGGGAGGCCAGCUUCGGGCACGGCAGGCUGCAGGUGGUGAACGUCACGCACGCCCUGUGGACGUGGCACCGGAACGACGACGACGAGCCCGUGGUGGCUGACCAGACUUGGAUCACCAGUCUCGCGUCCAACCCUGCUUGUAAAAAAUGAUCAUCAAACCGCACCUGAUGCCACAGCAGACUCAAUCGUACUCCAUGACCAAAAAAUAGUGUCUUCUUUUUAUCAUAAUAUAUACACGGUACGAUUUAGAGGCAAAGAUCGUUCCUCGUUACUGUAUACGUAAUACAUAAACAUUAUUCUCGUCCCAGUUGUAGCACUUCAACUUUUCAAGGUGUUCGGUUGAACUUA